AUGACGAAUUUACUCCGGUGCUUUUCCAUAUUUCCGUCUUAUCUUUUCCUGUUUCUCUUUUCCUUAAUGCCCUUUGCGGUGAUUUCGCAAUCUCCGGUGACCGACCGUGAUAUCUUAUUGGAGGUGAAACGGCGGUGGGGUAAUCCGCCGUCUCUUGAAGGAUGGAACGCCACCUCCUCGCCGUGUAGCUGGCCGGAGAUUGAGUGCUCCGGCGGCUCCGUCACCGGAAUCUUUUUAAAGGAGUAUGACAUCGUGUCGGAAAUUCCGGCCAAUAUUUGCGGCCUUAAAAAUCUCACCGCCCUCGAUCUUUCCUUGAAUUAUAUUCCGAACAAUUUUCCGACGGGUUUGUAUAACUGCUCGAAGCUGGAGUACUUGGACCUCUCUCAGAACUUCUUCGUGGGCCCCAUUCCUUCCGACAUUGACCGGCUCCGGAACCUCCGCCACCUCGACCUCGGCGGCAAUAAUUUCACCGGCGACGUCCCGCCUACCAUCGGGAACCUGACGGAGCUCCGGUUUCUACAUCUGUACUCCAAUCUGUUCGACGGUACUUUCCCCGUUGAAAUCUCCAAAUUGUCGAAUCUGGAAAGCCUGGGAAUGGCGUUCAACAACUUCUCGCCGGCGGCCAUCCCGCCGGAGUUCGGUAACCUUAAGAAGCUCAAGUUUAUCUGGUGGCGGGUCGCGAAUCUGAUCGGAGAAAUUCCGAGAGGCUUCGAGAAUCUAUCGAGCCUUGAGUAUUUGGAUUUUGCUUAUAAUAGUUUAGAAGGCGAAAUCCCAGGGGGAUUGUUCUUGCUCGCUAAUCUCAGCCAGGUUUUCCUGUACCAAAACGGGCUUUCGGGUCAUAUUCCGUCGGGUUUUGCCGAGUCUUCGAGGUUGUCCGAAGUCGAUUUGUCGAUGAACAAUUUGACCGGCGAAAUCCCAGGCGGGUUUGGAGAGUUACAGAGACUAGAGACUUUAAAUCUCUUUUCAAAUCAGUUGUAUGGUGAAAUUCCACCAAGCAUAGGCUUAAUCCCAUCUCUGAAAAUUUUUAAGGUUUUCACGAAUAAUUUCAGCGGGAUUUUGCCUCCUGAAAUGGGGUUUCAUUCCCGGCUAGAAGCCUUUGAGGUUUUCGGCAAUAGGUUCACCGGAAACCUGCCGGAGAAUUUGUGCGCCGGCAAGGCUCUGACUGGGAUAACAGCGUAUGAAAACAACCUGACCGGGGGAAUCCCGAGAUCACUUGAGAAUUGCGACGCUUUGAGGACUAUUCAGCUUUACAGCAAUGGGUUUUCCGGGGAAGUUCCGGCGGGGAUUUGGACUCUGAACAACUUGACUAGCGUGAUGCUGAGCGACAACUCAUUCUCCGGCCAGCUUCCGAGCAAGGUAGCACAGAAUUUCACAAGGUUGGAGAUCAACAACAACAGAUUCUCCGGCGAAAUCCCCGCCGGCGUAUCGUCAAUGAAGACAAUUAUCGUGUUUCAGGCGAGUAACAACCAGCUUUCCGGUCAGCUCCCGGAGGAAUUCACUGCCCUUUCCCAUCUCAUUGAGCUGAAUCUCGCUGGGAAUUCUCUCUCCGGCGAACUCCCAUCCAAAAUCCUCUCAUGGUCAUCGUUGACCACCUUGAAUCUUGCCGGAAACCAUCUCUCCGGCAACAUCCCAGCCGCCAUUGCUUCUUUGCCUGAUCUUCUUGAUCUGGACUUAUCCCAGAACCAAUUCUCCGGUUCAAUCCCCCCUGAAUUAGGCCAUGUAAGGCUCACUAGCCUUAACCUCUCCUCAAAUAAACUCUCUGGGAACAUCCCAGACCAGUUUGAUAACAUGGCCUUUGAAACCAGUUUCUUAAACAAUCCUAAUCUGUGUUCCCACAACCUUAAACUCCCAGGUUGCAAUGCCCAAUCUCGCGGGGGCUCUAACAGCCUCUCACCCAGGAUUCUUGCAGUGAUCCUAGUCCUGGCAAUCACUGUCUUCCUGGUCACAAUUAUAGUAACCUUGUACAUGCUCAGAGACUACAGGAAAAAGAAGCACAUUCAAGAUAUCGCGACCUGGAAGGUAACCUCGUUCCAGAAAUUGGAUUUCUCAGAGGAGAAUAUCCUGUCCAGUUUGACAGAAACCAAUAUGAUUGGUAGCGGUGGCUCAGGAAAAGUGUACAAGAUCUCGACGGGUAAGUUAGGCGAGUAUGUUGCUGUGAAAAGGAUCUGGAAUGACAGAAAACUGGACCAUACUCUGGAGAGGGAGUUUCUAGCUGAGGUCGAGAUACUAGGUUCGAUCAGACAUUCGAACAUCGUUAAACUGUUGUGUUGUGUUUCGAGCGAUGGAUCGAAGCUGCUGGUGUAUGAGUAUAUGAGUAUUAUUCCAAAACAGCCAAAUUCCUCCGAGUACCCAACCGAUUCAACCCUAAUCCAUUCAUCAAAGGCAAACGAAGAGCAAAUGUCAUUGGCCUGCACCCCUGAGACCUUAGGUUCGAAGAGGCAGAUCAAUGACGGCUUAUGUAAAUGCAAUAAAUGUUUAAGGAUGCGCCUGAACGAAGCCGAGGCAGCACCCUGA